UCGAUUUUAACGGGCUUACAGUCCUGAUUCGACGGUUUGUUUUGUGUCUCAUAUACUCAUAAUUGCAUCAAUACUAACUUAACAAUAUAGGUAUUUCAAUGCAUUAAAACAUAUUACAAUCAUAUGAAAAAUGUCAAUCGAAACUGCUACGUAAAUUCACCAUAAAAAGGAUUGUGUGAUGGAAAAAAAGGUCAGAAAUUUUUUAGUUGAGACGUAGAAUCAUGAAAAGUUUCCACACAGAAUAAGUUUGAACAUGUUAUAGGACGCAAUGUUGCGGUGCCAGCUAACAAAGCGCUAUCGAGAAUUCGCAGCUUUUUUCACUUUCCUUUCCCCUCUUUAACCAAGUGGCGUAACUUGAACAAAACUCAUCAGGAGGGAAUCGAGCUUAGAAAGUUGUGCGCAACUCAUAAUGAAACUGGGCUUGAGGAGAGGCAAUAGAAGGGAACGUUGGGUCAAUGUACGUCACGGGAUGUCUCUCAUUUCUCUCUCUCUCUCUCUCUUUCUUCUCACUCUCGCUAUUCCUGUACCCAAGUUACACUGCUACUAUAUCGUGAUAAUCUCGCCUGCUCCAUAAAGAGGAUUACCCUCUCUGCGCGAACUAACACGGUCGUUGCGCAUACUAGUACGGAGUUUCUAACCGUAGGACGGGGGAGUUAUACGGACGAGGGUGGGACAUGAGAGAAAUCGAUAGUCAAGUAUUUCGUGGAAUGUGAAUACUGGCGGCAGCCGGAUGCAUAUUUGACCAUCCAAUUGCAUGCAGCUUGCAGCAUUACAACACAGAAUAGGCGCAAUUAUAGCUAGCUGGCUAAUUAUACGCUUUCAUUAGCUUUUAUAGAGAGGACGUUUACUAUUAUAUUAAUUUUUAUUAAUAGGCAUGCGGCAUGAUACAAGUUUCGCUUCACCAUAACGUAAAAUAAGACGAACAAAAGGUACAGCGCUAAUAGCUUUUCUAUGCAAUUGAGCACAGUCUGUAAACAAGCGAAGCGUAAUGACUCCAUUCUUCUUUGAUAGCUUGUUAUUCGCUACAAGUAAUGACAUUAUCGGAAUUCGUUUGUUACAUGACGUAGAUUCAUUUCAUAUUGUGCAUAAAACGCUUUGAUUAACGACUACUUUCAAGAAAAGUCAAUCAUAACUGUAAAAAUAUACUUCUUUUCAUAAAUUCAUAAACUCGUUGCUUUUUCUAUGUCUAAGGCAUACGAAUGAUCAAUACGAGACAAUCAUUCUACUUGUCGCAGGGGUUUCCAUUUAAUCUACUAAGUAGAGCCAUUUGGCUAAUGGCUAAAUAUAGAAUCCCGGUAUUGUGCUAUCUCAGGACUGAAAUUCGUUACGAUCAAUAGACUCAGCAGAUUCGGUCGUUUUCGACAUAUUCCGUUAAGUUUCCCCUACUAUAUUCGUCCUCAGCGACCUCCAUUACCAACCACGCCUCACUCACGUAAACUACGUUAGCCAAACCGGUUAUUCGAGAUGCAUUUAUACUAUUCAAGCUCAGUUUUCUUAAAAAAUAAAAUUUAAGAAUAUACUUGUGAGCUUAUGCUUUUUGUUUCACAAAAAUAUACAAAAUAUACAAAAUUGAACGAUGCGUUUCAUGAUGAUAAUAACAUUAUAUGAUAUGCAUAUAUUAGUCAUAUUGUAGUCAAUAAAUUGGUUUUUGUCGAUUUUCUUUUCUUCAAAUUUUUGUUCGAAUUUUUUUUUUCUUUACUUUUCUUAUACGUAUAUUUGUGACAUUACAAAAAAAAGAACAAUAUAUAAUUAAAUACAAAAGCCAUAUUACAAUAGAUAUAAGAAUUUACAGUAGAAUUCUAUAGUAUACUAUAGCCUUGCUUGAAUAGUAAUAAAAUAGUAAUAAAAAAAACAGUAUAUUAGUGAAGACAAUGGAAGAAGCUACGUUUUGCAACGUAAUAAUAAACUUUGCAGGACUGAGCCGACAGUGAGAGAUUCAAUUAUAUAGGAUGCAAAGCGCGAUAAGUUUAUUAUGAUUAUCUCUGAAAUAACUUUAAAUUGCCUAAAUUAUCGGUUGAGUUUUGUAGUACAACUACAAUCGAUAUACGUAUAUAUAGAGUUCACAAUGGCUAUAUGAUGGUAUGUCAAAGAAGAAACGAACCGCUUCAAUUCCUAUAGAACCAGAAGAACCAUCGCAAAAUUAUGGAUAUAAAUGUCGGCAGUGCUUUUAAGUACAAUGGAUGACAGGUGGCAAUUGGAUAGCUGGCGUUGACGAUUUCGCUGGGAAUUGCACGGAAUGAGGGAUUUGGUCGGAAAGCUACGGUAUUUGGAACAGCGAGUGCGAGUAAGAAAGAAAAAGAAAGAAGUGGGGGAGGGUGAGAGGAAACUUGAUAGAAAAGGAUGGCACAAAAGUAUAGAAGCGACAAAAUAUACGAAAGAGAAGAAGGGGAGAAAGGCGAGGGACAUGGAAUUGUUUAGCGGACUGCGCCUGCGUCGCAAGCGAUCGCUUAUUGGUUCCCCACUCACAUUUGAGUGCACACUAGGUUGACUUAAUUUCAAUUCGAACUCCUUCCACACCGCUUUCUCUCCCGUUGCGCUUCUCUCACUCUCUCUCUCUCUCUCUCUCUCUCUCUCUCUCUUUGCUUCAUCUUCUACUCGCUAUCCUUUAUUCACCUUCGGUACGAUACUUUUUUUAUACUUGUUGGAUUCCACGCAAAGAAAAUAUACAUACACACAUGCCAUGCGUGAAUGUAUAAACAAGAUGUAGAUCAAGUAUACAGCGACCCUCGUUGAGAGCCCCGCAAGAGAAAUGACAGGGGGCAAGGGGCAAAAGGGCGAGUGCAAGAGAGCAAGAGAAAGAGAAGGUGGGGAGGAAAGCAACAAGGUUGGUGGGAGAUGGAAGAGAGAGAGAGAGAGAGAGAGAGAGAGAGAGAGAGAGAGAGAGAGAGAGAGAGGAAACAAUAAUCCCGCCAUCUGCUGCAGGAACGAACGAUGUACGCUACCCCACGAUCGCGCGCGCGCGCCCGCGCGCGCGUUCUUACAAAACAGCGCAUCUGAACAUUCUGAACUCGUCGCUGAACAGUUCGGUGCUUCAACAGUUCGGCACGAUUCAUACCGAGUUGAUUAUCCUGCUGCUCGCGCGCGCUCGCUCAUCCGCGUCUUUCGUCGCCGCCAUAUUAACAACUCGAGAUACAUAUAUAUAUAUAUAUAUAUAUAUACCAUGUACUAAUAAUAAGUUCAGACGUGACUAUUAGUAAGACGACAAAUCGCAACCGCGGCCACCAUCGCAAAUUGCGCAUCUAACCGUUGAGAAUUUUGCUCAAAUCAAAGAACAAUACAAUUCGACGAGUGUAGUAAUACUGUAUACAUGAGCGACCAGCAGUGAUCAAGCCAUAAUAAUGUCAGCCAUGUUUAAUCAUAUAAAAGAGAAAGCCCCUCCCCGAGAGAAGCGCGGGAGUACGACUGCACUCACGCGACCGUAAAACCGACAAGGAUCGACUACUGCUGCGUACCUAGUUACUCUCGGGCAAAACGUAACAAAAAGAAAAGGACAUAGCCGCAAUCCACGAGAUCCAAGAGAACCCCGCUGAAUUUCCCCCGCCUAUAUCACCCGGUGCGCGCCAAGAAGAUAGCGACUAACAAACGCGCGUGUUUAAUUGAUUUUACCUACCGCUGAACAGUGAGUUUACCGAUUCGUUUUAAAGCAAUGUCAAGUUACCGGUGUCAAGUUGUCGUUUAAUCUGCCGCAAUCAACAUUUCAUGUUCCGAUCUUGCGUGUCUAAAUCCGUCGCAUUCAUCUACAUGACUAAUAAAGUAGCAGCCGUUCGUUCUUGAAUCGAGACUCGAUGCGAGACUCCCGAGUUGGUUCGGUAAAAAUUACGAUUCGGUAAAUUACAAUUCAUGAUAAUACGAUAUUGCCGAUUAGUGUGUCCGCUGGAAUUUUAACUUUGAAAUUCAAUUAAGGAUAAGCCGAUGUUGAUGAUUUUAUGACCAUCCACAUUGUUGAUAACAAUGCCUAUUGGAAAUGAACAGUCCACUGGAUUUUGAAACAUUUAAAUUUUCUGCGAAAAAUAAGAUCUGUAAAGACGGCGCUGUGGAGCUGUUACAAAAUUUCGAUGAGUGUGCGGGCACUCCCAGCUCACCGGAUGACAGAUUGAGUGAUCAGCAAUUGCUGGAUUGUGGGAUUUGUGGCCAGCAAUUUGCUUCCAAAAAACAGCUGCGUACCCACAUUCAUAUUCAUCUGAGAAAACCUCGCAUUGUCCUCAGAAGAGUGACUGGUCCCAAGGUAGUGAAGGUGAGGAAGCAGUGCGAAGAUACAUAUUGGUUGGAUCCUGAAAAGAAGGGUCUACUGAAGCUUACUCUGAAGAAACAGAGCAUCUCCGAGUCUCUGAAGCUUACAUUGAAAAAGACAUCUUCAGAGUCGGAAGAUUUUACUGUAGUGAAUAGUAACUUUAAUCCAGUUAUCAAGAACCACCAGCGAGAAGAAGUGGCAGGUGCUAAAGAGAAUGAUAAAAAAAAUAACAAGGCAGCGAAAAGUUUGGUUAAUGAACCUUUUGAAAACGUGAUGGUGGACCAGCAAAAUGAUUAUGACAACAUUAAAUUUAAUGCAGACGAUCAUAAUCCUUUGGAGGAGAAUGAAAGGCCAUCCAUAGAUGUUAAUGAGGGUGAUUCUGGUGUAGGAAGUGAUAUGGCAAAUCCAUCGGAGAAAGAAGAUCAAAAUGUUGACGAUAUGCAAAGUACUGAUAAUUAUGACAAUUCUGAAAAAAGAUUGUCGGAACCUGAGGAUCACGAGGAAUCGGAUGCUUUAGAAGCAACUUGUAGAGAAACUAUUGAAAAUUUGAAAAAACUCGGAGAGCAGUCGAAUUCUAGAUCAACAAAUCAAUUGAUCGAUAAUUCGGCUGUUGAAGAAGAAGAUGAUAGAAGUCAUGAUUCCGAUAUGAUACAUACUCUUGGACAGAAUCCUUCCAUCAGCAUUAUUCCAAAGUCUUCCACAUAUUCCAAUCAUUCGACCGAAUGCACUUCAAUAUGCGACAAUGAAAAUAAAAGCAGAGAUUCGACUGAGCAACAAGCCCAAGAUUUCAAUUGGAAUCAAUUAUCUACUGACUUGUCCAGCAAAAACAAUGAGAAUCUUAAUAAAGAAGAUAACGAGCAACAGGCGGAUACUGUCAGUGACGCCAACAUGGAGAAUACCGGCUCGCUCUUACAUAACUUUCUCAUGGAGCAUCAGAGACGUAAUCGUAACGAAGUCUCUUUAUCGAAUAAUUUGUCUAGCGAAACAUCGGAAUACGUACCUCUUGAGAAACUGGCGGAGACUGUCAGCACGUGUCGCAUUUGCAACGAGAAGUUUAAAGAUAUCGCGCAUCUAGACGAACAUCGUAGUAAAGCUGGUCAUUAUCAGUGCAAUAUUCCAGAAUGCGCUAAUCUCAUCUUCCAUUCGGCAAUGGAGGUAUCGAUGCAUCGGGCUCAGACGCACGGUACCCCGCUUUCGCCGAGUGUGAGCCAAUUGUCUCCUCAUAAUCAAUUGUCAAACUCGCCACACAUGAAUCAAAAUUCGCCGCACUUGAGUCAAACAUCGCACUCGCCUCAUGCCGCGCCUAUGGAUGCAUCAACAAACAGCUCACAACAGCAACAACUUAGUAGAAACUCACCAUUAACGUCACCGCAUCAGACUAAUUCGCCGACAUUUAAUGCUGCUGCAGCGACGACUGCUGCCGUUACGGGUCAGCAGAUGCAAAUACCGCCGGUAAACUUUGAGCAACUACCACCACCUGUGCAGCAACUGGCCCAGCAAGUGCAGCGUAUGCCUCUUCCACAGGCACAAAUGCCUCCUAGUCUUCCUCCAGGUGCAAGCACGAUUAUACCUGGACCGAAUUAUUUUGUACAGCCACCGGGUCGACCGCCCUUAUACAGAGUACCCGGUCCGCAAAGUAUGCACUAUCCUCCGCACAUGGCGCACUUGUAUCAGUACGGACCAGGUCCUUAUCCUCCGAUAGCCGCACCUCCUCCGCAGAUGCAUCCACAAUUGCCCCAACAAAUUCCACGUGGGCGAUAUCCACCACCGACAUCCGUCGUUCAAAACAGCAGAGCACCACGCUUACCACAAACAUCAGUUCCUCGUCAACGUAUGAAGAGGCCCAUGCAGCAAUCUGUGCAAGUUCAACCACAAAAUAAUACCGUAAAGCAAAGGCGUAUGGAUGUUCUAUUGCCCGAUAGAAAUGAAGACGCGGAUUGUCAUGUCAUAGCGCAACAAAAGAGAAACGACGGAUUACCCGUUAUUCAAAAUGUUCAGGGAGCUACUACCCAACAAACUAAUAGAAAUGAUUCCACCAUACAUCUUACAGAUUCGAUCACUCUAAGUGUUCGACAACCUGGUUCUACCCCAACUCAAGUCCAGAGCACGUCAAAUCCAGGGGGAAAGAAAUCCGAUGCUAAAGCAGUGGCAAAUGUCCUCGCGGCUCGAGGUAUAACAGUUACUCCAGCUGCAAAUAAAAAUAAGACAAGUGAACAAAGCAAACAGCAGAUAUCUCCCCAGCAGCAGCAGCGGCCAUCACCUUCACAGCAGCCUUUAAAUGUUACAGCGCUCAAUCUGAAUUCUGCUAUUUCUAUCAUACCAACUAGUUCACAAAGAAAGCAGGAGCAAGGGCAAUUUGCUGUUCCGCAAAACAAGCAGAAUAAAACGCCGAUUAAUGAACAAGUUGAACGACCACCGAGACCACCGACCGUGGACCUUACGCAGGAUACUCCACCGCAAAUGCCAGUUGUUAGACGUGGUCGUCCACCUAGAGCGUUAUUAACGUGUCAAAUAUGUGAUAAGAACUUUCAAAAUCAAGACAUGUUGACACAACACAUGGCAACUCAUCGAACGACUAGCAAAUUGCUUCAUAGGUGUAAUCUCUGUCCUGCUCAAUAUCCCACAGUUCAAGCGUUGACAACGCACAAACAAACUUAUCAUAAGGAAGUCGACACCAUGGCACAAAAUGGAGGUGCAGAAUUGGCUUUACCGGUUGUGGAUCUAAAGUCGCCGCAUGUUUUAAACCGCUUGUCAAAUUUGGGCAUUCAAAGCUACAUACCAUUGUCGCAACUAAGUGCUCAAACUGGCGGUUACUUUGGUCUGCCAAUCAUCACGAUAGACGGUGCAAGAAACUCGAGUACCUGUAAUUUAGGUGCGCUUGGUGCUACCUCUAUAUUAAGUCUCGGUCCUCUUAAGCAUUUAUCAAACAGGUAACUGUGGACGCAUUUGACCUAUUUCAUGCGUGCAAUCGCGCUUCUCUUUUAUUAUUAUCAUUCUCACAUUCUUAUCAUUCUCAAAUCGAUUACUGUAUUGUCAUUGACCAUGACAUAUAUUGUCUUAAUCUUCGAAGGAAAAUGAUCGUGAUAUAGGUUUAAGUAAAAUUAUUAUAUAAACGCGCGAUAUAUCACUUAUAUAAAAAAUAUAGAAAAUACUUGUGUGAAUAUAAUUGAAUAGUUCUGCAUAAAUAUACAAGUAUAUUUUAUAUUCUUUAUAUAAAAAAAAUAUAGAAAAGACUUAUUUGAAAUUUUUUUUAUCUUGUUAUAAAAAAGAAUUAGUUGACGAUUGAUUUACACAUAAAAUUUGUUAAUUUAUUUAUAGAUUUAGAGCAAUACAGUAUUUUUUCAUAUAACUUCUCAUUAAAGUUACAUUAUUAUGUUUCGAUAAAAUAAGAUUUAAGAUCCUUUAAAAGACUCUAAGAGAAAAUUAGAGUAUGAAAUGUAUAAUACACCAUUACAAAAGAAAUCUUAAUGAAUAAUUUUGUGUAUAUAUAUAUACAUUUUUUUUUUUUUUUUUUUUUUUUUUUUUUUUAAUAAAAA